AUGAGUAACAGCUACUACUCCGAUUCGGAUGACCUUGACAUACGAGUCUCGAGGCGUCGGGCACCGUCGCCUUCACAGGUUCACUAUGUUGAAGCGAGAUCGAGACCCAGUAGGAACUAUUACCCGUCAGCAGGUCAACAGCCUAGCUUCUUGGCUCCUGAGCGCACAGUCAUAACCACUCGCACUCGGUCAAGAGAGCGUUCCCGUGAGCGCCAUUCCACUCCACCGGGUCCCGCUCCGGCUUCCAUCUCCGCUCCGGCCCCGGCUCCUGUAAUUAUCAACAACCGUAUUUACAACGAACAUUCUUCCGAUGAUGAGGACGACCGCCACAUGCAGGUCUACCACAGCCGUCACCGUUCUCACUCCCGUGGUCACUCAUCUCAUUCCCGCUCACCUUCAUCCUCUUACAUGACCCGGGAGGAUUAUGAGGCAGAACGGGCUCGACAAGAGCUGGCGGAACUCAGAAUCAGUCAGGCUCGUGAGAAAGAGGAACGCCGGGUUCAAAAGGAGUUCCGGGAGGAAGCUGAGCUCCAACGUGCCAAGCGCGAUCUCGAAGAUAUCCGAACCCGGGAGGCUCGCGCUGCUGAAGAACAGCGCUUCAAGACCAAGAUCGAGCUGGAAAAGUACCAAGAGGACAUGCGGAAGGCAGACUUAUCCAAGAAGCGAGAAAAGGAAGCUGCCGAUGCCGUAGAACGCUACAAGAGAAAGGAGGCAGAUCGACUUACGCAAGAGAAGAAGGAAAAGGAACAGCGUGAAAAGGAAUUUCAGCAAAGGCUCAAGGAAGAGCGUCAAAAGGAGCUGGACAAGCUAGCCAGGGAGAAGAAGGAGAAGGAGGAGCGCGAGAAGGAGUACCAAAGACGUCUCCAGGAGGACCUACGUAAAUCAGGUCUUGACGACAAGGCUAUUGCUGCCAUCCUCAAGAAGGAGAAGAUUCCGGAGCCACCGCGACAAAGACCAGCCCAGCAUGAAAACGCGCUCGUUGCUGGGAAUCGCCCAACCUACACGCGUAUGGCACGGAAGCAUCUUUCGAUUGAAACCUUGCGAACAUAUCAGGUUGAAUGGGAAAUGGAUGUUGAUCCUGAUUACGUGCUCAUCAGACGAUGGGUGCCGGAAUGGGAGCAAGAUACCCUUUGGAGACACACCAGGUCGAUUCGUGAGAAGCGCUCAUCCAAGCUCGUACUUGAGAUCGAAGACAAGAAGUCGCACCGCCACGAACCAGAGUUCGAAUGGGUCAGAAAGAAGAGUGACCGGAAGAGAAGCAAGUCACCCGCGCUCCUCAUGUACCUUGCGGGAGCGAAACCGGCAUGA